CCAUCAUAAGUGCUUGCGCGCCGCUUACGUGCACACAGUCCACUUCAUGCAGUUUGUCAUUUUUGGAGAGGUGUGCUAAUCCUGUGUUGCGGAAGGGAGUCUUUGACAGAUAGAGAAUCAACAGUAAUACAUAUUUCACACUUUGCCUGUUUACCCUCAACAUGGACCAAAAAGACACCGAAAUGAAUGAGAAGGGAGUUACUUCUUCGACCAGUGGAGUUGUGGUCCAAGUAAGAGAGAAGAAAGGACCUUUGCGUGCAGCUAUUCCAUACAUGCCAUUCCCAGUAGCUGUAUUAUGCCUAUUUCUCAACACAUUUGUACCUGGUUUAGGUACGUUCGUGUCUGCCUUCACGGUGCUGUGCGGAGCGCGGACAGACCUGCCUGACCGCCACAUGUGCUGUGUGUUUUGGCUGAACAUCGCGGCAGCCUUCAUCCAGAUCCUCACAGCCAUCAUCAUGGUGGGCUGGAUCAUGAGUAUUUUCUGGGGCAUGGACAUGGUCAUCCUGGCAAUUUCUGAUGGCUAUAGGGAUCAGACGGUUCCCCAGCAGGUUUAAGGCUGGCCCAGCCCAGCUCAACGUGAAGCCUUGAUGUACAGUUGUCUCCUAUCGCAACAUCCCCCUGGGGGAGAGCCAAGGGAGGAUGAUAUUCACAGGCUUAACCCCACCCUACCUACUGUACCAUAUCGCUUACUGCUACUACUGCAGCUGCAGCUCCACUUCACAGCUCAGUGAUAGAAUGAGGAGCACGUCAACAUUGAUGGAGAGGUGUUUUCUACAUGUGCCCAAAGUGUCAUGUGAAGAAAAUAACAGAAUGAAUUAUGAAUAUGUGCCAACUGUAUGUACAGUACUAUACCGUGUGCUAAGGACUAUCCAUCCUGUCCGGGGCACUAAUUCAGUGUUCAGGGGUCUUUAUGAAAACAAAUGAAAUGUGCAGUUUAUUCCUCUGUAUGUUAUCAGCUGUUCAACCACACUCUUAUUAUGACUAGUAGACUUCAGUAGACUGAAGAUGGUAUCAGUGCCUGUCAAGUCCGCCAGGAUUGUAUAGUAUGUGAUGUUAUUAAUGGUCUAAUGCCGCCGUUUUUAUCUCAAUAUCAAUAAUUUCUUGGUAACAAUUAAGUACCUUCCUGUAAUAGUUUUCCAUUAAAAUGGUCAAAAAGAAACAAAAAGGUCUUCUUAGCGAAGGGCAAUUACUCAAGCAAGAAUUCCACUAGGACUGUCUGGGAGUGGUUUGAGUAGGGAGGGGAAAACUGAAAAUGAGCUGUUAUUGGCAGAGAGGUUUGGAACUCUCUUUCUUAUUGGUCUAUUAACUAUUUUAACGCAUGGUGAUGUC